AUGUUCUAUGGCACACAGACCAGGGUACUCCCUCUGAAUGACAUGGAGAGACUGGACAGGACUCUGUUUCGCCUGGAACAAGGCUUUGAGCUCCAGUUCCGUCUGGGGCCGACCCUGCAGGGGAAGCGCGUUCGUGUCCACACCAACUACCCAGCAAGGGGGAAAAAGUUCAACAGCCAGGAGUUCCGUGUACUUGAGUGGAUCAACCCCACAGGCAGGGAGGAUGACUCGGACAAGUACUGCAAACUGGACCUUGAGAUCUCUGGCUCCUAUCAGUACUACUUCGGCUGUGGGGAUGAAGAAAAGACUGGUGGGGGCUACAUUGUGGUGGAUCCUGUGCUACGUGUGGGCCAUGAGAGGAACAUACUGCCUCUGGACAGCGUCACCAUUCAGACUUAUCUGUCCAAGUGCCUGGGACCACUGGAUGAAUGGCUAGACCGAUUUAGAGUAGCCAAGAAAACUGGUUACAAUAUGAUCCACCUGACGCCAUUGCAGAAGUUAGGAGAGUCACGUUCCAGCUAUUCCAUUGCUGACCAGCUGGAGCUGAACCCAGAAUUUUCCCCUCCGGGGAAGAACUAUACAUGGACAGAUGUAGGGAACCUGAUUGAAAAGAUCAGGAAAGAGUGGAAUAUGCUUUGCAUCACUGACGUUGUGUACAACCACACAGCAGCUAACAGCAAGUGGCUAAGACUUCAUCCAGAGUGUGGCUACAACCUGGUGAACUCUCCUCAUCUGAAGCCCGCCUGGAUACUGGACAGAGCCCUUUGGCAUUUUAGCUGUGAUGUCGCAGGGGGCAAAUACAGUGACAGCGGCCUGACGCCCCUUAUUGAGAAUGAGAAGCAGCUUAAGACUCUUCGAGAACUCCUGCUAAAGGAUGUUUUUUCUCCACUGAAACUGUGGGAGUUCCUCCAGGUCAACGUAGACAAAGUGGUAGAGCAGUUCAAGAAGAUGCUGCAGGCUGGUGGCAAACCAGAGGGGCCAGAAGUGAAGGGGAAACAUAAGCUGAAGAUCAUACAGGAUCUACAAUACAAACGCUUUGGAAACACCGUGGACAUGAAGAUGGCACUGGAGAUGUUUGGCAGAUUCACGAAUGGCCCAGCAGCAAUCCAGGUGUGCUGUGAUUGGUUUAAGAAGAGUCUGGAGGAGCUAAAUGUGGAGUGCUAUAAGGAAAUGCAGGGCCAUCAUGAGAAGGCUAUAAACUGCAUCAUGGGGACUGUGCACUAUGAACGUCUGGCAGCUAAUGGUCCCAAACUUGGACCUGUCACCAGAAAACAGCCUUUGGUAACAAGAUAUUUCACCUUCCCUUUUGAGGACAUGCCCAUGGAGAAAGAGCAGCUCCUGCUGCAGAACCCUGAUGAUUCCUGUCAUUUCCUGGCCCACAAUGGGUGGGUGAUGGGAGAUGAUCCUCUCAGGAACUUUGCAGAACCAGGUUCUAAUGUAUACCUGAGGAGGGAGCUGGUCUGCUGGGGCGACAGUGUGAAGCUUCGCUAUGGCAAUAAGCCUGAGGACUGUCCAUACCUGUGGGCACACAUGAAGAAGUACACAGAGAUCAUGGCCAAACACUUCUUUGGUGUGCGGCUGGACAACUGCCAUUCCACACCUCUACAUGUGGCUGAGUACAUGCUGAGGAGCGCUCGUGAGCACAGGCUUGAUCUGUACGUGGUGGCUGAGCUCUUCACGGAGAGCGAGGAGCUGGACAAUGCCUUUGUCACUCGGCUUGGCAUUACCUCCCUCAUCCGCGAGGCCAUGAGUGCUGGAGACAGCCAUGAACAAGGCAGGCUGGUGUACCGCUUUGGGGGAGAGCCUGUUGGCUCUUUUAUCCAGCCCAACAUCAGGCCUUUGGUUCCAGGCAUUGCACAUGCUAUGUUUCUGGAUGUUACCCAUGACAAUGAGUGCCCCAUCAAGGUUCGGUCUGUGUACGACUGCCUUCCUACUUCUGCUAUCGUGUCUAUGGCCUGCUGUGCCACAGGUAGCACUAGAGGAUACGAUGAGCUGGUCCCUCACCAGAUUUCAGUGGUCAAGGAGGAGCGCCUGUACUCCAGGUGGAACGCUGAUGCCCUGCCUUCCUCUGCUGGUGAGGUGAACCUCCAGUCAGGCAUCAUGGCAGGGAAGCUGGCACUCAAUAGGCUCCACAAGGACCUGGCUGAGAAGGGCUUCACUCAGGUCUAUGUAGACCAGCUGGAUGAAGAUACUGUGGCAGUAACCAGACACUGUCCAAGCACACACCGGUCUGUGGUAACUGUGUCUCGAACUGCCUUCAAAAACCCCAAAAGGCACCACUACAGAGAGAGAGUUUCUCCCAUGUUCAUACCAGGCCAGAUAGAAGAGGUGAUCUUGGAGGCACACAUGGUGGAGAGAGACGCUGGAUCAUAUGUGAAACAUGAGAAGUACAUAAACGGCAUGCCUGAAUACACGGUGGAGCUCUGGGAACACCUCCAGCUUCAGGACAGCAAGACUGUAAAACAGGGAGAAGCCACAACAAAUGGCCGGAGUGGGUUUGUCCAGGAGAUCGUGUUUGAUCGGCUUAAUCCAGGCAGUGUAAUUGCUUUCAGGGUGAGUCUGGAUCCAAAAUCUCAGGACAACGUGGGCUUCCUGCGCACUCAACUCUCUCAGUUUAAUCGCCUGUACAAAUCGGGUAGUCUAACUGACCCCAGUGUUCCUGGAAUUCUAAAAAUUUCCUUGGAAUUCCUCAUGUCUAAGCUGUCCUUGGCUGAUCUGAACAUGUUACUGUUCCGCUGCGAUGCUGAGGAGAAAGAUGAUGGUGGAGGAUGCUACAAUAUCCCAUCCUGGAUGGUGUUGAAGUACGGAGGCCUUCAAGGUUUUGUGUCAGUGCUAUCAGACAUUCGGCCCAAGAAUGACCUGGGGCACCCCUUCUGUGACAACCUGAGGCAAGGCGACUGGAUGCUCGACUACAUUAGCUCUAGGCUCAUGAAUAAAGGUGGAGCUCUGCGGGAGGUGGGGAAGUGGUUCCAUGCCAUAUUUACCUACCUUCAGCACAUCCCACGCUAUCUUGUACCAUGUUAUUUUGAUGCCAUCAUCGCUGGAGCCUAUGCCACAGCUGUGGAUGCUGUGUUUAAAAACAUGUCAAGCUUUGUGCAGAGUGGAUCGACUCUUGUGAAGCAGUUGGUGCUGGGCUCCGUGCAGAUGUGUGGCGUGGGCUGGGUCCCUGCCCUGCCUCCUCUCUCACCUGCCUUAGAGGAUGUCCCAUAUCGCCUCAACCCCAACACUAAGCAGGAGGAACAGUGCUGUGUGUCUCUAGCUGCAGGUCUUCCUCACUUCUCAUCUGGGAUCUUCCGCUGCUGGGGCCGUGACACCUUCAUAGCACUGCAUGGCCUCUUGCUCAUCACAGGAAGGCACAUAGAGGCAAGGAACAUCAUCCUGGCCUUUGCUGGUACUCUGAGGCACGGCCUGAUCCCCAACUUGCUGGGGGAAGGUACGAGUGCGCGUUUCAACAGCCGGGACGCUGUGUGGUGGUGGCUGCAGUGCAUCCAGGACUAUUGUGCUAUGAUCCCCCAAGGCAUUAGUAUUUUGUCAUGCCCUGUGUCACGCAUGUACCCCACAGAUGACUCAGAACCUCAGCCUGCAGGCACUGUGGACCAGCCUCUGUAUGAUGUAAUCCAGGAGGCUCUUCAGCGUCACAUGCAAGGAAUCGAAUUCAGAGAGAGGAAUGCUGGGCCACAGAUCGACAGCAAAAUGAGAGAUGAAGGAUUCAAUAUUGAGGCUAAAGUGAAUCCAGACACAGGCUUUGUAUAUGGUGGAAAUCGCUUCAACUGUGGGACAUGGAUGGAUAAAAUGGGAGAGAGUGACAAAGCAGGCAAUCGAGGGAUACCAGCCACGCCCAGGGAUGGCUCUGCAGUGGAGAUAGUGGGUCUCUGCAAGUCCACUGUGCGCUGGCUGAUGCGCUUGAAUAAGAACGGUCACUUCCCGUACUCCUCUGUCAGCGUCCAUAGAGAUGGUGAAAUCCAUACAGUGUCCUACGAGGAGUGGAACCAGAGGAUCCAGGAUAACUUUGAAAAGAUGUUCUAUGUAUCGCCUGAUCCAGAGGACCCAAAUGAGCAACACCCAGACCUGGUUCACAAAAGAGGCAUUUACAAGGACAGUUACGGGGCCUCCAGCCCCUGGUGUGACUACCAGCUCCGACCCAACUUUACCAUUGCCAUGGUGGUGGCUCCAGAGUUGUUUACGGUAGAAAGAGCAUGGGCAGCUUUAGAGGUAGCUGAGAAGAAGCUGCUUGGGCCUCUGGGAAUGAAGACCUUAGAUCCAGAUGACAUGGUUUACUGUGGUGUCUAUGACAACGCCCUGGACAAUGACAACUACAACCUUGCCAAAGGCUUCAAUUACCACCAAGGACCUGAAUGGCUCUGGCCAGUUGGCUACUUUCUGAGAGCCAAACUUUACUUUGCCAAGCAGAUGGGCCAAGAAGUCUAUGAUCAUACAGUGUACCUAGUGAAGAAUGUCCUCUCGAGACAUCACAUCCACUUAGAAAGAUCUCCUUGGAAGGGUUUGCCAGAACUGACCAAUGAAAAUGGACAAUUCUGCCCUUUUAGCUGUGAAACUCAGGCUUGGUCAAUAGCCACAAUUCUGGAAGUCCUGCAUGAUCUCUGCGAAGCUGAGGACCUGUAGAUCUACAGACUCGUCUGGCUGUCAGUUUGUCUGAAAAGGGACUAGUGUUGUCUCCAGUGAUCGUGUGAAAGCCAUAAAAAGGGCCUUAAACAUGUCCUUUUGACCGUUCCUUGUUUCAUGUCCAGUCAGAUGUGAAACCAAUUGAGAAGCAUCUGUUGUUAUGCAGGUUCUCCUGCCUUGUUGUUUAUUAUAGCAUCGUACAGACCUAAGUUAGCUAUAUCAGAUGAUAAGAAGGAUGUUUAAUAUUUUCCCCAACUUCCUGAAGUGUAUUAGGGAAGUGUUGUUUCAAUGUGUUGUUCCAUCGAUUCAUAACAAGCCAGGAAAAAUGUUUCCUGCAUGCUCUCAAUUCCUUCUAGGUACCUCAAGUACUCCAUUAUGAGUUUAUAUUAUUUCUAUAACAUUUAUAAGUUGUAGUAAGUAAACUUAUUAGAACUUCA